GAACUUUGGGGCGCGUGCGCGGGGCGCGCCCGACGGAGGAGGGGCAGUUCUGACGGGGAUCCCUCAGUACUCACCUGGAGCCCGGCUGGGGCCUCGGCCCGGAUCCGUAAUCUCCCCCGCCACCUCUGUUCAAGAGCCGAGCCAGGCGCCCGCCCCGGCUCCGGUUCCCCUUCCUUCCUGCUACGUAGUUGGUCUUCGUCACACCGAGAGCAAGGCAAAUCACGUGCUUCUCCCACUUCCGCUGCGCUUCCUGCCGGAGGGCUUUCGGAGUCUUGGAUUCCGGUGGCUGCGACUCUGCCGCCGGAAGGAGCUUAUCCCUACUUCCUGCCUCUUCCUCUCCAACACCCUCCUCCGCCCCCUCCGCCAUCACGGGUGCUGGCGUCCAGAAGGUUGCUCCUGCCGGAAGUGCAGGCAGCCCGGGGCGUGUGGGGGCGGUGUCGAGAACGCUGCACGCGGUGUUUGUUGAAGCCGCCGGGCUUGGCUCUUGGGGUAGCUCUCGGUCCUCUGAGUCGGAGGCUGCCUCGGCGGCGGCGGCGGCAAGGGGGAGGUGAUGCCCCGUUACUAUGAGGACAAGCCGGAGGAUUACGGCGCAUGCGCCGGGGUGAAGGAGGAUCUGGGGGCGUGCCUACUGCAGUCGGACUGUGUGCUCAAGGAAGGAAAAACUCCUAGACAGUGUUUGAAGGAAGGAUACUGCAAAGCUUUGAGUUACUCAUUUUUUGAAUGCAAAAGGUCAAUGUUGGAUGCCAGAUCAAGAUUCAGAGGAAGAAAAGGAUAUUGAUGCCUUUCCCUUACAACCAAGAUUGAAAUGACAUGGGUUCAUCAUUUAAAAGCAUGGUUAUAACUUUGUUUCAAUUGAAUAAUCUCGUAAUUGAUUUUUAAGGGAAAAAAGAGAUGAAUCCUGCUUUUUGAACACUGAAAGAAGGAUUAAACAGAUGUAAAAUAUGCAUAUAAUAAAUUUUCAGAAUUAUUCUACACUGA